ACUCCUCAUUCAUUUUGCCAAUCAUCUCACACCAGUUCAUUCUCAUUCCCCCAACACUCUCUGCUAUUACUUUCUGUUCAUCUCUUCAAACACACCUCAACGACCUCUUGCAGCCCCAUGAAUCUUGCUCUCUUCGGUCUGGCGACCAUCAUGGUCCUCAUUGGUCUAACAAUGUUGACCAACGUGAUCACACAAAAACUGAGUUCUCUGCGGGAUCCCUUACAAGUAUGGGAUGUUCUCCACGGAGUCGAUGUACUGCCAAUGCGACUGCGGGCUUGGAUCUUUUCGACCAUCGUCGGCUUGUCAAAUCCUUACGCCAGGUCAACCAACUUUCGUAUCACGGAAUUGCGCAAGGGUAAAGCGUGUGGCGUCAUGAAGGAAACAAAAUCAGUCUCCAACCCAUUUCGAUGUGUCCAUGCUGCGGCAUUGGUAACAUUUGGCGAGACAGUAGGGGGCCUGGCGCUCCUGACUCUGCUCGGCAAGAACGAUCGGGUCGUUCUCACAAACAUCAAUGCAGAGUAUAUCAAAGUCUCCCGCGGACUGUUGACCGCAAGCUCCAUUGUUGCUCCAAUCAAGGACCGGGAAUUGAGUGAAGUCAUUACUCAUGUCCUCAUCAAGAACGCGUCUUUUGAGACGGUCUCCAAACUGACCUUGACAUGGAAGGUAGACCUCAAGGGCUAAUUGAAACAAGAAAUCAAUAAAACCAAUCAUUCUAUUCAGAAAAGACAGACGAUCAAUGGAGUAAUACCUAAAGCGAAUCAGGUUGCGUCCUUUCAGAACCUUUGCGCACGAGCCCCGCGAUUACG